UUCUAUUUAUAUAAGCCACCACCACUUCCAUCGCUUUGAUAUAUUUCUGUCAGAACAAAAUCUCAGAUAAUAAGCCGAUCCUUCGAUCAUGGGACACGGUGAGAAAAGUGGCAGACCUAGCAAGAAACAUAAAUCCUCAUCCUCAUCUGCCAAGCAUGAGGACCAUAGAGCGGCUGCUUUUGAGGAAGAUGAAGCAUAUUACGGUCAAGAUUUUGGUGACGAUGAUCAUCAUUUUGAUGGUGACGGUGAAGGCAGUAAGAGAGAUUUCACCAAACUGGAACUUAAAAAAGAUCACGCCAAUCGUCCGUUAUGGGCUUGUGCUGAUGGCCGAAUCUUUCUUGAGACCUUUUCCUCUUUGUAUAAACAAGCUUAUGAUUUCUUAAUUGCUAUUGCAGAGCCCGUGUGUAGGCCCGAAUCAAUGCACGAAUAUAACCUUACCCCGCACUCACUUUACGCGGCUGUGUCGGUGGGAUUAGAAACUGAAACUAUCAUAUCUGUUUUGAACAAGCUUUCAAAGACCAAGCUCCCAAAAGAAAUGAUCGAUUUUAUACACGCAUCCACUGCCAAUUAUGGCAAAGUGAAACUCGUGUUGAAGAAGAACCGCUACCUUGUGGAAUCUCCUUUCCCAGAGGUAUUGAAGAAAUUGGCAGAUGAUCCAGUGAUAAGUCGAGCAAGGAUUUUCAACGAGGGAGGUGAUGGAUUCACUGUUGGUAAAACAACUGGUGAAAUUGAAGGUACACAUGAUGAGUUGCUAAACGAAGCACAGUUGGCUGCUGUAGCUGAAGAAAAAGAAGCUCAUUCGUUUGAAAUUGAUCCUGCUCACGUCGAAAAUGUAAAGCAGCAAUGCCUGCCAAAUAAUCUAAACUAUCCCAUGUUGGAGGAGUAUGAUUUCCGCAAUGAUAGUAUCAAUCCAGACCUUGAGAUGGAAUUAAAGCCUCAAGCACAACCUCGACCGUAUCAAGAAAAGAGUCUUAGUAAGAUGUUUGGAAACGGCAGAGCAAGGUCUGGUAUCAUUGUCUUACCAUGUGGUGCCGGAAAGUCAUUAGUGGGUGUUUCAGCUGCCUGUCGGAUAAAGAAAAGUUGCCUAUGUUUAGCUACAAAUGCCGUUUCAGUGGAUCAGUGGGCUUUCCAGUUCAAGCUGUGGUCAAACAUUCGAGAUGAACAUAUAUGUCGAUUUACAUCUGAUAGCAAAGAAAGGUUUCGUGGGAACGCUGGAGUUGUUGUGACCACAUAUAACAUGGUUGCGUUUGGUGGUAAGCGAUCCGAGGAAUCUGAAAAGAUCAUCGAGGAAAUCAGAAAUAGAGAAUGGGGUUUGCUUCUCAUGGACGAGGUGCACGUGGUUCCUGCCGCCAUGUUUCGUAAAGUCAUUAGUAUCACUAAAUCUCACUGCAAGCUUGGGCUUACUGCUACACUUGUCAGAGAGGAUGAAAGGAUUACAGAUCUGAACUUUCUUAUUGGUCCCAAGCUGUAUGAGGCGAACUGGCUAGAUUUGGUUAAGGGGGGAUUUAUUGCUAACGUACAAUGUGCUGAAGUGUGGUGUCCAAUGACGAAAGAGUUUUUUGCUGAAUAUCUGAAGAAGGAAAACUCUAAGAAGAAACAGGCACUAUACGUGAUGAACCCGAACAAGUUUAGAGCCUGCGAGUUUUUGAUACGAUUCCAUGAACAGCAACGUGGCGAUAAGAUAAUUGUUUUUGCUGAUAAUCUUUUUGCACUCACAGAAUAUGCAAUGAAACUUCGCAAACCGAUGAUUUAUGGUGCCACAAGCCAUAUUGAAAGGACAAAGAUACUGGAGGCUUUCAAGACUAGCAAAGAUGUUAACACUGUUUUCCUUUCAAAAGUGGGUGACAAUUCAAUAGAUAUUCCUGAAGCAAAUGUAAUUAUUCAAAUUUCAUCUCAUGCUGGUUCAAGACGUCAAGAAGCCCAACGGCUCGGGCGUAUUCUCAGGGCAAAGGGUCGUCUCCAGGAUAGAAUGGCAGGAGGAAAAGAGGAAUACAAUGCUUUUUUCUACUCCCUAGUAUCUACAGAUACACAGGAAAUGUAUUACUCAACCAAGAGGCAGCAAUUUCUGAUCGAUCAAGGUUAUAGCUUUAAGGUGAUAACAAGCCUGCCUCCACCAGACACAGGGGCAGAGUUGAGCUAUCACCGUCUGGAGGAUCAACUGUCUCUUCUUGGGAAGGUGUUAAGUGCUGGUGACGAUAUGGUUGGUUUGGAAAUACUGGAAGAUGAUACAGAUGAAGUAGCACUUCAGAAAGCUAAAGCCCGUCGUCGAAUGGGGUCUAUGAGUGCCAUGUCAGGAGCUCAAGGGAUGUAUUAUCAGGAGUUCAGGAAUGGACAAAAAGUAGGUACUAAGAGCAAGCCCAAGGAUCCAACAAAGAGACAUUCACUUUUCAAAAAGCGUUUUGUAUGAACCCAUACCAUUAGGCAUUAAUUAUGUCGUCAAAAGAGGUUCAUGCAUUGGGCCUAUCUGUACGAAAAUGAUGACCGAGAUCUGUUUUGCUGGUUGGCAUGGAAUGGCUUAAUGCCCACUUUUCCUUCUCUACAAUACUGGGGCAUUCAUAAAGAAAACUUGAAUGUAAGGAUUCUAUUGAUUCUAGUUUUGCUUUGUCGCAUUUCUAGAACUACAGUAAAAGAUAUGUAACAAGUCCGUACUGCGGGAAUUUUGAGCUUUCUUGGAGAAUGUAAAACAUUCACAAAGGUGUAAUUAAAGCAUGUGAGAGUGAUAAGUAUUCGAUGAAA